UGAUGUUUUUGGAGACAAGUACGCUGAUGAGAGAAUGUGGAAGAGGCUUUUGUACAGUGUGCAAGAAAAAUACUUAACAAAAUUGAAUAAGUGGGCCCAGUGAGCUGCAGGAGGAUGCAGGGACUGCAGGGCUGUCACAGGCACUGACGGAGCAGGGUUUCCCUCCUGGUGGUGCUGACCUGUCUGACUGCCGAGAGCCAUCAGAAGCGCCGCCUCCCUGUCUGCCGAGCCUGAGGUCCAGUCUGUUCUGGAUGGAGCAGCAGGUGCUUGUGGGGACACUGGAGACCUGUCAUCACCAGGGCGGACAGAGUCCCUGGUCUGCUGAAGAUCAUCUUCCUACUGAAGAGAUUAUAGAUAAUCACCUAAUAUACUUCUUUUGUGAUUCUGUUACAUAUAAUUUAUCCUUUGUGUUUCUUUGUCACCUGAGACCAGUCAUUGAUUGAAAACUGAGUAUAAAUAAUAGAACUGGAUCAGGCAUAGUGGAUCCAGCCUGUAAUUUCAGCACUUUGGGAGGUCUAGGAGACAGAUCACUUGAGGCCAAGAGUUCAAGACCAGCCUGGGCAACAUAAUACCACAGCAUUUCUACAAAUAAUAUUAACAAUAAUAAUAAUAAAUGAGCUCUGGGUACUGGUGGGCACCCGUUGUCAUAGCUACUCAGCAAGCUGACGCAGGAGGAUCCCUUGAGCCCAGGAGUCUGGGGCUGCUGUGAGCUGUGUUCAUGGCCCUGCACGCCAGCCUGGACAACACAGCAAGACCCUCUUCUUAAAGAACAAAAUAUAGGGCUAAGAACUAUAGAACUGUGAUAAAAGAUAUGUCCCAGGAUGGAGACAUCUGAGAUGUUUUAACAGUGGAAAUAGCCAUGUUGGAUCCCAAAUCCCAGAAACAGAGAUGUGAGUUCCUGGUGGUAGAGCUCGGUGCUUUGGACAGGGAAGCUGAGGCCCAGGCUUGUGAGGUGGCCCUGCUGCCAGCAAGGGGUGAGGGAGCUGGGGAGAAUCUCUUAGUCCUUCUGGGCCUCAGUUUCCCCAUCAGGAAGUGAAGGUUCCAACUGCACCUCUCCCAGGGACCUUCCUGCCAGGUUUGCUCUGAGUCUCUGUGGGCAGAGCUGUGGUAAAGGUGCCCUGCGACCCGCAGUGGAGACCUGACCUUGGUCCCUACUGUGACUAUCUCCUGCAGGGCCCUGAGCUGAGGCCACACCCUGAGAACUCAGAACUGAGGGAGCAGAUGGAGGAAGGGGAGCCGGCAGGUUGGGGGAUGAGAAUGACCGAAACAAGGACACGGGAACGGUGGUGCAGGUGGACACACAUGGGGUGAGAAUGAGGACAAAUUGGGUUUAGAGAUCAGGAGUCACUGAGAGACGCCUGUCAUCACCCAAACCCUCCAGGGCCAGCCUGGACAGAGCAGUGGGGAUGGGAGAGGAGCUCAGGGCACUGGGGUCCUAGGCACCUGGCCAAGGACACCCACAGGCUGGACUCAGAGCUGGUUCACACUGAGGGAAGCACCAACCCCAAGAGGAGGAAGAAGUGACCGUGAGACCCUGCCCAGCUCCAGCAGCCUCGUCCUUGGGGCUGCCCUGGCAGUGGACGCCCUCCAGGUCAGGGUGGGCUGAGCAGGAGAAGGGUGGACAUGCUGCUCUAGGCCAGUGACCCGGGGACAGGGGACCCUUGCACAUGAAGUAGUGACACUUGGCUAUUCUCUGUGCCUUUCAGUUGAGAAAGGUCUGGUGGCAGCCCAGGGAACGGGUGGAGAGGUCACAGACACGUCAUCCCCAUGACGCAGUGAACAGGAAGGGAAUUCCUGAGAGCAGUCCCGGUGUCACCAGACCCCCACAGGGGACUGUCCCUGAGUUCUGAUACUGUAGGGCAGGGGUCUCUCUACAGAAGGAGACGUGCAGCUCCCUGGCAGGAAGGAGGGUGUCUCUCACAGAACACUCAGGGAAGGAGUGUAGACGGGGUGCUGGAGUCAGAAACCACUUUUAUUCAGUCACUGACGACCACUGCGGGGAGCCCCCUGGUGCCGGGCCUGAGUGGGAACCGUGAACACGGAGUUGGUGAAACUGUGUCCCAGCAUCCACGGAGCUCUCAGGCCGGUAGGCCGUGCAUCGUGGCAAGUGUGGUCACGGUGAGGGAGGGUCCCAUGGGGUGUGGGGGUGACCUCAGUGGCUGUCCUGGUCCCCCUUCUGUUUGUUUCCAACAGCUGGUGGGCCCUGGGUGACAACACUCCUGACCUCCCGGGACACCACCAGCAUCUGCCUCCAGGUCGUGUCAAGGUCAACAGAGCCAAGGUCUCCAGGGGAAACUGCUGACUCCGUCAUGGCCACCUGGAGACACCAUGAGGCCAGUUUAGUGGGACCCUUAAGUCCAUGUCUGCCAGAAAGAGUGUGGCAAGUUCAGGGAUGUCCUGGAGUCCGUGCUGGGGGUGAGGCUGGACUUCUGGGAGGAGGAGCGGGCAGAGAUGCCGACCCUGGAGGACGAGCUCAGGGAAGCCAACAGGCUCAUUGACCAGCAGGCCCGAGAGCUGACCCGAUUGAGGCAGGUGUUGCGAGAGGGGAGAGAUGGCUCAUUUCUCCUCAAGCAGCACCUGCAGGCCAUCCUCCUCCAGGACAAUCCUGACAGCUGCCAGGGCCAGGACCUCCGUGAGCACCUGGCAGAGGGGCGCAGGCUGGCAGAGCACCUUGCCCGCACGCUCAGCCCAGAAAACCACGAAGAUCAGGAGGAGGAGAAGGAAGAAGAACCACCAGCCCCCAGGUUGAGCAGUGUGGAGCAGGAGGAGAAGGUGAAUGGAGUCCUGCAGAGCCAGUUGGGUGAAGGCCACCUGACUUCUGCCAGUCACCGUGACCUGUGUGACACCGACCAGCCUCCCUGCACCGGUGCCAUCCUGUUUGAUGAGCAGGGAGUCUCCAGGGCACUGGAUGCAGCUACAACUCGAGGUGACAGCAACACACAGGAAGGACAAGAGCCCAUGGAGACCGGGCUCAGCGGGGAGGAGGAGGAGGCGAAUCCCACCCAGCAGACCUCACUGCAUGAGCAGCGUGUCACCCUUUCCAGUGGCCAGGACCUCUCUGAGUCCCGCUGCCCUUCCCGCUGUCCUGCUGCCCGAUGCAGGAGACGACUGCGCCUGCCCGGGUCCAGCUGAGAACUAUGAAGAGGAGGAAGACGAAGAAGAUCUAGAAUCACUGGCCUCCAG